AUGUCUCACAACCUCAUCGCGAACAAGUCGUCCGGAUCAGUGCCCCCCGUUUCGGCAUGCCUCUGCGCGGCACUCGUUCUCUCCAUUAUCCUCGUCGUCCUCGGCGUUCUACCCCGCGCACACCGCAACCACAUCCUCGGCUCCUCCAAAACGUUCACCGUUCCCGAGAAAGUUCACCUCGACGUGCCCCGCAAGCGGCACGGUAGCGCGGACCACACUUUCCGCCCUCUGAAGCGGUCCAAAUCGUGGCCACCCAUGCGAAUCAAGCUGGCGAGCAGCAGGCGUGUCGUCGCUGAACACGUUACUCCGGGACCACCCGCGUUCGGUAUCGACCCCUCGUUUGCCUUCACGUUUGUCAUUCCCAAGCCUCAGCCGAUCCGGCAGACGCCCAAGUGGCUCUGA